GGGCCCGGCUCUCAAAGCCCAAUCUGCGUGUGCUCCAUCAUCCGCUCCAUCAUCUCCUUAAACGUAUCUCUCUCACACACUCUCUCUCCACAAUAACAACAAAAUUGUCAAAUGGCUCCAACGCCAUCGCUCGCCGGACUCCAGAUCGAGACGACCGCGUUUCCACCGUCUGUCAAACCUCCGGGCUCCUCCAACACUCUCUUCCUCGGCGACGCAGGGGUGAGGGGGCUGGAGAUUCAGGGGAACUUCGUGAAGAUCACGGCAAUCGGAGUGUAUUUGGAGGAUAACGCCGUGCCUCAGCUCGCCGUUAAGUGGAAGGGUAAGACGGCCGAGGAGUUGACGGAGUCCGUUGAGUUCUUCAGGGACAUCGUUACAGGUCCAUUUGAGAAAUUCAUUCAAGUGACAACGAUACUGCCACUGACGGGCCAGCAAUAUGCUGAGAAAGUUUCGGAGAUCAAGCGCGCCGAGGAGACCGAGGAUCUCGACAAGGUUGAGGAGAUUCCAUCUUCCUUCCCUUUUAAAAUUGAAGAUACUCCCGAAGAUUCCGAGGAUCAAAUUGCCUACGAGGGGCCUGAUUUCCAUGAUUUGGACGAGAACCUUCAGAAGGCAUUCCACAAGUAUUUGGAGGUGGUGGAACAAGAUCUGUUAUGGGAGGAUCACGGAUCAAACUUGCGAGACCCGGGGAGUUGGGUGGGGCUUCGGCGAAGGAGAUUGCCAUCGGCUGUGGCCACACCAACGAGGGCUUGUUCGUCGGAGCGGCUGGGCUUCUCGGACUCGGCGGCUGCUAAUGCUCUGUUUCACAUCGCCACUGAUCAAGAAAGGGUCCGAAUUAUAAUUGAUUUGUUGGGAAUUAACGUUGUUGUUUCGGCUUUGGGCGAUUCACCAAUGAAGGUUCAGGUGUGCAUGGUGAGAUUGGUGUCCGAAAUGGCGGAGCUUGACCCGGUGGCGCAGGAGGAAUACGACAGAGCAGCCUCUUCCGCUAAUCUGAAAAUCAGAUUUGAUCAAGUCCAUGUCGAAGAAUGA